AUGUCAUUUCACAAAAAAUAUUUUUAUGUUGUAUUUAUUAUAAUAAUUAUUAUUGGUGUUAUUUUGUCAUUGGCUGUCUAUGAUAUCAAUAUCAAUGAGGAACUUAGUGAAAAAAUAAAAGAAGAAUUGACAUGGUACACACCAAAAGAAUUAGUUCAAUUUGAUGAUAGUUUAACAGAAGAAGAAACAAUAAUACUUAAUGAAUAUUCUGAAGGUCUUUAUAAAAAUGACAGUAAAAGACAUGAAAAUGACAUAUUAAAAGAUGCUUCCCCAAUCUUAUAUAAUAAAUUAAUAAAUCUUUUUAAUCAAUUAAAAGAAAAACGUGAAAAUUUAUCAGAAGAAGGAAAAAACUUUUAUAUAUCAAUGUGUAGAGAAGGACAUUUUUUGGCUAAAAAUAAAAAUAAAAUAUCAAGUUAUAAAUUAAUUAUAAAAUAUUUACGUAUAUUGACGACAUCUUUUAAUAAAUUAUCAGAAGAUACUAAAGAUGAAUUGACAGCAUCAUUUCCUACUAUUAAAGCGUUAACAGAAACUAACUCAUAUGGAAUGGAAUUUAAUCAAUUUUUAAAAAAUGAAAAAUUUUUAUAUUCAAUUAUGAGGAUUCUUAAAGUUCUCCAACUAAUAAUUUUAUAUUAA